GGUGUUCAGUUAUUGUGUCCAGUCCACUUUCAUUUUCGAAACGUCUUUUUUUUUAAUUAUGCUUUCUUCUGUCUCUCCUCUGUCUAUUCAAAACCCUAAGUAUUGAUCCAUUUGAUCCCCAAACAAUGCUCGACUCUUCCAAUCCCAUCCUCACCCUCCAAUCACUCACUCCACGAUGAGCGACUCUCAAACCCCCUCCUCCUGCUCUUCUUCUUCCUCCUCCGACGACUCCGGUUCACUCGCCGCCGCCCAACGGAAUGUUGGGCGGAUUCAUAGAAGUGCCGGCGGUGGUGAUUCGCGGUCUCCCGGAUUGGCUCUGGAGGGUCUGCGUCAUUGGCGGGAUGUUUUCUGGUUAGGUGUAUUUAUGUUGCAUAUGAUUGGGGUAGGUUUAAUUCUCACAGUUCUUGGGCUCAAUAGGUUUAAGAAGAAGGAUAGGCUUAACAUUGACAAGUACACAAUGAGGUUUCUUGAAAACCAAGCAGGUUUAACAGAGGAUUACUGGCCGUUAUAUGCCGUUGCUGGUGGAGUUGGGACGGUUAUUGGGUGGGCCUGGUUGUUAUUGCUUGGUUCACGUGCAAAUCAAAUGAUGAAAUUUGCGGUUCACAUAUUGACUACUUAUCUCGCUGUUAUUAGUGUGUUGUGUUUUUGGGGCAAACAAUUCUUCUGGGGUGUUGCUUUUGCUGUUGGAGCUGCAUUGCAAUUCUUGUAUAUCAUAUCAAUUAUAGACAGGCUUCCAUUUACCAUGUUGGUUCUGCAAGGAGCUGUUAAGAUGGUGUGGAGUCUUCCCGAGGUUAUGAGAGUAGCAUGCACAUUCAUGUUAGUCAUGCUUUUAUGGCUAGCACUAUGGUCUUUCGGUGCAGCUGGUGUUGUGGCUUCAAGCAUGGGUGAUGGUGGACGUUGGUGGCUUCUUGUGGUAUUCUCUGUAAGUUUAUUUUGGACAGGUGCAGUUCUCUGUAAUACUGUUCAUGUUAUUGUGUCUGGGAUGGUGUUUCUUGUUCUUAUCCAUGGUGGUCGAGAAGCGGCAUCAAUGCCUUCCAAGCCACUGUUGAAGUCUCUGCGGUAUGCCAUGACUACUUCUUUUGGUAGCAUCUGCUAUGGAUCACUCUUUACAGCUGCUAUCCGGACAUUGCGGUGGAAGAUUAGGGGAUUCAGGUCAAAGAUCGGCAACAAUGAGUGUUUGCUGUGCUGUGUUGAUUUCCUGUUUCAUCUUGUGGAGACUCUGGUUCGUUUUUUCAACAAGUAUGCCUAUGUCCAGAUUGCAGUUUACGGCAAAAGCUUUAAUCACUCAGCAAGAGAUGCCUGGGAAUUAUUCCAAUCAACUGGUGUUGAAGCACUCAUUGCCUAUGAUUGUUCGGGUGCUGUUCUACUGAUGGGUACUCUUUUAGGUGGGCUUAUUACCGGAACUUGUGCAGGAGUUUGGACAAGGAUUAAAUAUCCUGACAGAGUGAUUAUGGUGGGCUCUACGGCCAUGUUGAUGGGAAUGAUCUUGGUUGGAUUGGCAAUGGUGGUUGUGGAAAGUGCUGUUACAUCAAUAUACAUCUGUUAUGCAGAAGACCCCUCCUUGAUACAUAGAUGGGAUGCCGAAUUCUUCAACCAGAUGACAGAGACUUUACACCAGCGUCUGCAACAUAGGAGUGCACGAGCAAGGGAAGUAUUGUCCCAUGGUGGGCUUGAUGCCCGCUUUGAAGAAACAGUCCCGGUUUGAAAACUUGCCAAUGUUUAUAAAAUGCAGUGUAAAUCAGUUCUGUCAUAAUGUAUUCAUCGUCUAAGUUAGGGUUGGGCCAAGAAGCUCAAUUCAUAUCGCAAUCAUUGUCAUUGACAUUGUGUUAUUGUGAAGAAGCUCAAUUCAAGAAGCUCUUGGGUAGCAGAAGCUGUCUCUAGCCUCCAGUGGGAGGGGAGGAUCUGGGUUUUAAACACUCCAUCCUGAAAAAAUUUGCCUCCAAAUUGACAACCCUACAUGGAACAGAAUUAGAGGAUGGCAUGGGCGUGACUUGCUGCACUCCUUGUUUUGUAUUCAAUUUCUAUGUUUAAUGGGUUUUUAAUGUUUCAUGGGAUUUUAAAGCUU